AUGUCGUAUCCGACUCUUCCAACAAAUCUCGCUCCGGCGACGCCGCAGAAACCCCUUCCUGGAGCUUACUUUCAAACACCAGCUCCAGCUACAACACGAACUCUCCCACCAUUCCCAGCGAAGUCGUCGGUGCAGCAGACCGAACCUCAGACUCCCAUGCCAAAGCUCCCCCCGGCAGCCUCUAAGACCAAAAAUCAGACAGUGAGCACCGAGGAACGCGGGGCGAAAACGAUCAAUAGCAGCUUGCAAAGCGAGUCGCGCUUCCCAGAUCUUGACAGCUAUUUAUCACAGGGCUCGUCGUCCGAAUACAACAUCUCCGCCUCUCAAUCAUGGGCGCCAUUCCAGAAAAUCAAAACGUACGACAUCCCCGACCAGAUCUUCGAGCAAUACAACCGCGCGCAAGUUUCGACCAGCAUGGGUCUGUUUGCCGAGUUGAACCACGCCUGGGUAGCGAUUGACAACGCAUUGUACAUCUGGGAUUUCACACACCCCAACCCGCAAUUGGUGGGAUUCGAGGAACAACCGAACAGCAUCAACGCUGUCAAGUUGACCAAACCGCGUCCUGGAGUUUUCUUGCCUGCGAUCACCCAUCUGUUGGUCAUUGCGACGACGGCAGAAAUCAUUUUGUUGGGAAUGGGCCACGAGACCACGCCCAAUGGAGGUAAACAGGUCUCUUUGUAUCACACUGGGAUGUCGGUGGCUGUCCGAGGCCUGGAUAUCAACGUCUUCGCGGCAACAGAGUCCACUGGACGCAUCUUCUUCGGAGGGUCGUCUGAUACCGAUGUGCACGAGGUGACCUACCAGCAAGAGGAACGUUGGUUCCAGGGCCGGUGCGGUAGAGUCAAUCAUACCAGCUCGCGUCUAUCAGCGUUCAGGCCAUCGAUGAGUCUGACGAAUCUUGCCCAAAGCGCGUCCGAGCACGUUGUGCAAAUGGCAAUCGAUGACAGCCGAAACUUGCUUUACACACUUUCCUCCGCGUCUACAAUUCGCGUAUUCCACAUGGGACCGGAGGGUAGGUUGAACCUCGCAAUCACCAAGCGUGCCGUCGAUAUUUACUCCAAUAUUGGACACAUUAUCACCUCCAACGAGACUCUCAAUCCCAAAGUCAAGAUUGUGGCAAUCAGUCCCGUACCAUCUACAGAAGCUUCGCGUUACCACCUCGUUGCAACGACGGCGACUGGCUAUCGCAUCUAUCUAAGCGCCACUGCUUCAAACAGCUGGGCGCCCUCGUCAACCAGCACUAGUCCCCCCCACGAGCAUGCAGGCUUUGCAUGUGAAAACACCACCCGUCGAUAUCUCGCCCGUAUUGGUGCGGUACUACCUUCUGCUGGUCAGAUCAAUACACUUUCACCUACUCGCCUUGCCGAGCGAUACUCCCCUGGUUAUUUCUUCUGCUUCACUACCAAGGAUGCCCAAAAAAAGAUGGAUACGCUUUUCGUUUCGACCCCAGAUUCUGGUCGGAUUGCUCAGUACCAGGAAAACUCGGUCAGCGGUAAAGCAGCUGAGUCGGCUAUCGUCCUGGAACUGGGCGGCAAAGCAGAGGAUAUCGGACUGGUUUCGGCACCAUCACCGGUGACCAACGAGCUGGCUGUCCAGUUUGAUCAUCCAGCUGCAGAGAUCGCAAUCUUGACAAACGGUGGAGUCCAUAUCAUUCGUCGACGUCGUCUCGUGGAUAUAUUUGCCGCCUUGCUUCGUAGCGGCGGCAACCCUCAUGAGGGUCUGACCGGAGAGAUCCAAAAUUUCCUCAGAACAUAUGGACGCAGUGAAAUGCUGGCGACGGCUCUGGCGGUGGCUUGUGGCCAGGGUAUGGAGAUUUCCCCCGACCAAAGACUGACCCGAAUCACCGACCCGGAUGUCCUGGCCGCAGCACGGCAAGCCUUCAUCACUCAGGGUGGACGGGCUCACUUGAAUGAAAAUGCCAUUGCCGACGGCUCAACCUCUGCUCUUGAUGCAGUGCAGCCGUCUCCUCGACACACGGGUAUUGCAUUGUACAUCUCCCGUUUGUUAAGGUCUAUCUGGAAGGAGAAAAUUGCCAAGGUGGGCAAUGGACCUAGUGGCGCACAAUCUGUUUCCGCGUCCGUGAGCUCGAGUAAACUGCAGACUAUCCAGCAUGAUCUCUCCUCAUUGGAAGAGUUCUUCAAGGUGAACAAAACAUUUAUCGAUGGGCUCAACGGGCCAGACGCCCUUUCCCGGGUAAACAGCAAGCAAGAAGAAGUGGCUCUGCAAGCUGAGCACCGCGCAUUGCACUCUCUUGUCCGGUUGGUCCAACACACGAUUGAAGGCAUCUCCUUUGUACUUGUGCUAUUUGACGAACGUGUUGAUGAAAUUGUGGCGACCUUGCCAGCUGAGUCAAAAGAGAAGUUCCUCAGUCUCACCUUUGAGGAAUUGUUUAGCUCCAGCAAGGGUCGUGAUAUUGCCAAGGAGCUUGUGAAGGGCAUUGUCAACCGCAACAUCGCGAAGGGCUCCAAUGUCGAGACCGUGGCUGAUGCCCUCCGACGACGAUGUGGCAGCUUCUGCAGCAUGCAAGAUGUCGUGAUUUUCAAGGCACAGGAAAUGUUGAAGCGCGCCACUGAGGCCGGUGCGAACACUGAAUUGGGCCGCAACUUGCUCAACGAGAGUCUGCAUCUUUUCCAGCAGGUGGCGGAACACCUGCCCAUGGAUUAUCUGGUUUCGGCUGUUGACAAUUUCAUUGCCAACCAAUUCUUUGCAGGUGCUAUCCAGCUCGCCCUCAAUGUCGCUGCCCGAUCCGACAAGUCCAAUAUGGCCUAUUCCUGGAUUAUGGAUCAGCGUCCCGAACAGGUGCUUAUUCCCCUUUAUCCCAAUGGACCCGCGCGCCAACUGACGCACACAACUACCCAGGAUCCCCGCAAGGAAUACUUCUUAUUCCGCAAACAAUGUUACGAUCUAAUCUUCAAGGUGAUCCUUGCAGUUGAUACCCUCGCUGCAUCUGACCCCGGUAUGAUUGAUGGCCAACUCACCACCGUUGCCAAACGUCAGAACGAGGCUUAUGGCGUGAUUUCCGAUUCGACCGAUGAGGUGUUCCUGACGAGUUUGUACGACUGGUACCUCGAGCAAGGCUGGAGCGACCGGUUGCUGCAGACCUCGUCGCCCUUUGUGGUCACUUACCUCCAGCGCAAGUCGAACGAUGACCUGGGCCAUGCUGAUUUACUCUGGCGAUUCUAUGCCCAGUCUCAGCGAUUCUUCGAGACUGCUCAGGUUCAGUUCCAUUUGGCCAAUAGCGCUUUCGUGCUACCCUUGAGCCGUCGCAUCGAGUACCUUGGACAAGCCCGCGCUAACGCUUCAAUCUUCACCCCGGACGUCGGUCGUCAGUCAAGACAGCGACUGUUGCAGGAUAUCUCAAACCUUAUCGACGUGGCCAAUAUCCAAGAUGACCUUCUGCAAAGAUUGAAGGAUGAUGAGCGGAUUAUUCCCGAACGGAAACCUGAGAUUCUUCGCGAGGUCGAUGGACCAAUUUUGGAUAUUAGCACACUAUUCAACAAAUACGCCGACUCUGCCAGUUACCAUGAUAUCUGUCUCCAGAUUUUCUACCACGCAGACCACCGCAAUGCGGCCGACGUCAAGUCUACCUGGCAACAUCUGAUCGAGAAUGUCCAUGACGCCACUGUUCAGCGUGGCUCACCGCAACCGUACGAAGCGGUGAUCGAGAAAGUCCGCAGCCUUGGAAGUCGCCUGCGGAUGUCCGAGACCAUUUUCCCCAUCCGUGAGCUCGUCCCCAUGCUGGAGCGGUAUGCGCUGGAAUUCCAGCGUAACGUUGGCCCUGCUACCUGGGUGGUUGAUCUAUUCAUUGAUCUCGGCGUGGCGCACGAAUCACUGUACGCCGUGCUGGAGACCAUGUACUACACCGACGAAGCGCCUUUCCACGGUUCCAACCGGCGGUUCAUUGCGCAUGACCUGCUGUACCUACUGAGUGGGUGGUUCCAGGAGACCGUGCGCCUGGGCGGCAUGGUUUUCGGGUCGGAUAUCGUUGCCGAGCGUGUAUCUGAGAUGCUACUGAUCCUGCAGCAGAGCGGUGUCAUUAGCGGGGACCAGUUGGAGAUCGCUCAUGAGUUGCGGUCACGGAUUGACGACAUCCUGCGUUAA